AAAAGAAAACGAAAAGUGCUAACCACCAGUGGAAGACGAUGUGAGGGGAGCUUCGCCGGAGUUAGAGACGGCGCGGCGAUUCCGGCUCAACAAACCACCAGGGGAACAAGAGGGGCGGCGGCGUGGAGAUGGGGAGCCCUCUCGGUGGGUGGCCGUCGUACAAUCCGCGCAACUUCAGCCAGCUCGUCCCGGCCGACCCCUCCUCUCAGCCCUCGAAUGUCACACCAGCCACUUACAUUGCAACUCACAGGACAGAUCCGCCUCCCAAUCAAGUGAUAACAACAGAGCCCAGGAACAUCCUGUUGAGGCACUUCUACCAGAAAUCCGAGGAGAAGCUGAGGCCAAAGAGAGCAGCUCCUGACAAUCUCGCUCCAGAGAACAACAACAAACAGCCCAGGGGCCCUGUCGCCGAUGUUGGAAGCCAGUCAAACGCAAGAAGCUGAAUACAGCUGGUGCUUGUCCUCCCCUGCGUCUCUCAAUGCCGUGUGCAACCUGCAUGCUGCAUGCCAGCUGAAGCCCUGGUCCUCUUGAUCCAAAGAGCUACGCUCAUUACAUGCAUGAAUGUACAUAACAACCUCCCCCCUUUCCCUCCAACAUUGGUUUGUUAUUUGUUAGCGACUGGUGGCUGCAUUUUAGUGACAGAUUUUAGUAAAGAAAAAGGAUGGUUCGGCAUGAAAAGAUAGCCGCUUUUCUCUUGCUUAUGCAAUACUCCGUACAAUUUAGUAAAAUAUAGACACUAUUUGUAUA